AAAUAAGAAAAUGGCGGCUGUGCAAGAUGGGCCGAUUGAGCCGGAGCCAGAGAAUGAAAUCAAAACAGAAGCUUCGAAUGAGUUUCCGGGGAACCCUGGCGACGCCAGCGGAGGGGUCCCCCCAACAGCGCCUGUGGCUGCAGUGGCUACAGAGAAGCCAGCCGCUGCAGCUACGGACUCGACGGAGCGCCAGACCCUGCUGGCUGUGCUGCAGUUCCUCAAGAAGAGCAAACUCUUCGAGUCCGAGGAGAUUCUGCGACGCGAGGCAGGGUUACUCAAUGAAACCGGCGACUCGCAGGGCGCUGCCCCCGGGGGAGCAGGCUUGGGAGGCGGGGGAGGUGCAGAACCAGAAAGCGGGGAUGCCUCUUCAGUCCUUAGCAGAGUGGCCGGGGCUGUUGCUGUAGCUCAAAGCGCGAAUGCAACUCCAGCGCCUGCAAAGGUGGCACCGGUAGUCACCGGAGGGGAAGACCAGCCAGAUGUAAACGUAGUGUUGGCGGCCUACAGCCAGCAGGGGGACCCGGUCCUGUACCCGGUUUAUUACAGCGGACUGAAGAGGUUCAUAGACUCGGUGCUGGACUGUCACCGAGCAGAGCUGUCCCAGGUCUUCUACCCGCUCUUCGUUCACAUGUACCUGGAGCUGGUUUACAACCAAUACGAGAAGGAGGCCAAGGCAUUUUUUGACAAAUUCCAUGGGGAUCAGGAAUGUUAUUACAAGGACGAUUUACGCAUUCUUUCUGGACUGACCAAGAGCGAGCACAUGAAGGGGAACGAGACCCUGCUGGAUUUCCGGACCAGCAAGUUCGUGCUGCGGAUCUCCCGCGACUCCUACCAGCUGCUGAAGAGGCACCUCCAGGAGCGUCAGAACAACCAGAUCUGGAACAUCAUCCAGGAGCACCUCUACAUAGACAUCUUCGAUGGGAUGCCUCGCAGCAAGGGCCAGAUUGACAGCAUGUCUGGGAGUUUGGCUGGGGAGGCGAAGCGGGAGGCUAACAAAGCUAAGGUUUUCUAUGGGUUGCUGAAGGAACCAGAAAUCGAGGUGCCCCUGGAUGACGAGGAUGAAGAGGCUGAAAAUGAGGAAGGAAAACCCAAAAAGAAGAAGCCCAAAAAGGACAGCACGGGAUCAAAGAGCAAAAAACAGGACCCUAACGCUCCACAGCAAAGCAGAAUUCCUCUCCCAGAGCUGAAAGAUUCAGACAAGCUGGAUAAAAUAAUGAAUAUGAAAGAAGCCACCAAACGGGUGCGUCUGGGUCCAGAGAGCUUGCCGUCCAUUUGCUUCUACACCUUUCUCAAUGCCUACCAGGGUUUAACAGCAGUUGAUUUUACGGAUGAUUCCAGUCUGGUUGCUGGAGGUUUUGCAGAUUCGACAGUGCGAGUGUGGAGUGUCACCCCAAAGAAACUGCGGGGUGUGAAGACUGCAGGAGAUCUGAGCCUGAUUGAUAAAGAUUCUGACGAUGUGCUGGAGAGGAUUAUGGAUGAAAAAACUGCCAGUGAGUCCAAGAACUUGUAUGGGCACAGUGGACCAGUCUAUGGGAUCAGCUUCAGUCCAGACAGGAACUACCUUUUGUCAUGCUCAGAGGAUGCCACAGUUAGGCUAUGGAGUCUUCAGACCUUCACGUGUCUAGUGGGAUACAAAGGACACAACUACCCUGUGUGGGACACCCAGUUCUCCCCCUAUGGGUACUACUUCAUAUCGGGAGGACACGACAGAGUUGCUCGCCUCUGGGCAACAGAUCACUACCAGCCUUUACGGAUGUUUUCUGGCCACCUUGCUGAUGUCACUUGCACCCGAUUCCACCCCAACUCCAACUAUGUAGCCACAGGCUCAGCUGACAGGACCAUCCGACUCUGGGAUGUACUGAACGGAAACUGCGUCCGUAUCUUCACAGGGCACAAGGGCCCAAUCCACUGUCUGGCAUUCUCUCCAAAUGGGAAAUUUCUGGCAUCUGGAGCAACAGAUGGAAGAGUCCUGCUCUGGGAUAUCGGACAUGGAUUGAUGAUCGGUGAACUCAAAGGGCACACGGACACUGUCUAUGCACUUAAAUUCAGCAGAGAUGGAGAGAUUCUGGCAUCAGGCUCCAUGGAUAACACUGUUCGACUAUGGGACACAGUAAAAGCUUUUGACGAUAUAGAGACAGAUGAUUUCACUGCAGCAACUGGACACAUUACACUUCCAGAAAACUCUCAGGAGCUGUUACUGGGGUCAUACAUGACCAAAUCCACUCCAGUCAUACACCUCCAUUUCACACGCAGAAACUUGUUGCUCGGUGCAGGGGCAUAUAACCCUUAGCAAUUGGCAUCAAGUGGUCUGCUGAACCUGUCUGUGCAUUGCACAUUAAUGUUCAACUGCAGAACAUAGGAAGCCAGGGACUUUUACUCUGAGAGCAUGGAAAGCUGCUGUGUGGUUGAUAACCAUUUAGCCUUGAAGUGCAGUGUUAGAUCAAGAGGAAGAAAAUGCUUCAGAACGCACAGACUAUUAAAGUGCUCUUCACAUCUGCCUUUGAACCUUGCUUGGCAGUCUCAGCUUAUUUGCCUGCUAAAACCAAGGCCUAUACAAAAAUUAGAAAUAAGGCAGUAUUCAAAACCCUCUAAACCACAAUAAUGGAAAUGUGAAAAGUAUUGGAAGCCUUCAUGGUGGUGUUUUGUUUUACAUAAUUUAUUUUCCUUUUUCUAAAGAUUUUUUUUUUUUUUUUACACCCAUGAAUAUAGUUGCAGUGACAAGCCCAAAUGUCUCCAUGAAGGAAACAAAAAAACCAAACUGAACCAGUGGCUCUUCACAGCCAAGUUACCCCCUGUGCUGAGAUGAUAAUUAAAUUCGGUGUUGUUGACAUCACCUGUGGAAUUGUUUAAUUAUUUAGCUGGCCUUCUAUUGUGUGUGUGACUGCCCUGUUAUUGAAGGGUAAAACUCAUCCAAGUACCAAUAGUGGCCAAUCUCCCAUGAACUUCAAUGAUGUGACUUCCCCUGACCACAAUCACUGCCAAUGUAGUGUGU